AUGGAAAAGAAAAUUAUCGGGGUUGACUGUGAUGAGGUCCUUUGUCUUUUAAUGGAGGACUUCAUUCCAAAGUUUUGCAAGGCUUCUGGAUUGGAUGUGAAGUACGAAGAGUUCAAGGAGUACGACUUGAAGAAGUAUUUCCACAUCACUGAAGAGAAGUAUGGCAAGUUAUUCGCGGAAUAUUGCAAGGAAAACCCCAAAUAUCUAAAGCCCGUUCCUGGUGCAAGAGAAGCCCUGAUGAAAUUGAGUGAAAAGUAUCGUAUUAUUCUUAUUUCUGGAAGAGACGAGAAAAUUUGGAAGGAAGCCACCGAAUACUGGUUAAAUCAUAAUCUGAACGGUGUUCCUUAUGAAAAGUUUAUUUUUGCGAAUGAUCGCUAUUGUGACAACGAAGUCGCCAAAGAUCGUCCAGUGAAGAGUCUUCUUUGUCAGGAAGAGCACAUUUCAAUCUUUAUUGAUGAUCGAGAGCGGUACGUGCUCGAGUGUGUUCCUGUGUGUGAGGAUUGUAUUAUCUUCGGAGAGUAUCCGUGGACUCACUACGGAAUUAAGGAGCCGAAUGUUCAUUACUGCAAGGAUUGGAAUGCAGUACUAGAGAGAUUACUUUAAGUUUUCUUUUUGAUUGAAAAAAGAGG